AUGGCGAGCGCCGAGAAACCACAAGAGAUUCAGCAUGAGGAGCACGAGACCGGCAGGCCAGAGGGAGUUGACGUUGACAAACCUGUGGUUGUGGACACCGUGCACAAAGAUGAGGCCAUGAAAGUCCUUGCAAAUUAUGCUGGAGAUGAAGCGUGGGACAAAGAGGAAGAAAAACGACUGAGACGAAAAAUCGACAGGCGCCUCCUACCUAUUCUGUGCUUCACUUAUGCUAUACAAUACUAUGAUAAGGGGAUGAUAUCGCAAGCGUCGAUCUUUGGACUUCGUACAGAUCUGAAGCUUACAGGAAACCGCUAUUCGAUGGCUUCGUCAAUUUUCUUCCUUGGUUUUAUUGGCGGCGCAUACCCAGCUUCUCAACUUGCUCAAAGAUAUCCGAUAGAGCGAGUUGCCUCAGGACUCGUCCUUCUCUGGGGUAUCUGCUUUACCCUGACUUCCGCUUGCUUCACCUGGCAGUCUCUCUACGUACAGCGGUUUUUCCUAGGUUUUCUAGAAGCAGGCAUCAGUCCGAUCUUUAUGCUUAUCGUCGGCCAGUUCUACAAGAAAGAUGAACAAGCGCUUAUGAUGGGAGUCUGGUAUUCGUGCUCAGGGUUCAUCACGAUCUUCUCACCCCUUAUUAACUAUGGCCUUGGGCACAUACGAGGAUCUUUAGCUCCCUGGCGCUAUAUGUUCAUCGUGGGUGGCAUUAUAACUAUCCUCUGGGCUCUGGUCAUCUAUUUUUACAUGCCUCCGGACCCUAUUCGCGCUAAGGGGUUCAAUGAGCGUGAAAGGUAUAUCUCAGUAGCUCGCCUUCGAGUUAACAACGCAGGAGUUCGCAAUACGCACUUCAAAAUGCAGCAGGUCACAGAACUGUUCAUCGAUCCCCAUUUCUGGCUGGCCUUUUCGAUGGCGUUCCUCAGUAUGAUUGCCGCCGGACCAGUCAAUGCCUUCAUUCCGAUAAUCAUAGCAGGGCUAGGCUUCAAUACCCUUAACACGCUCCUCCUCUUGAUGCCCGCAGGAGCGAUCGCUGGGCUCAUGAUAGUUUCAGCAACCUAUACCGCCUACAAAAUUCCUCGAUCAAGGACAUGGAUCAUCUUUGGUAGUGAACUAGUCACUAUUCUUUCAGCGGUUUUACUGUGGAAACUACCACGCAGUGCGACUGGUGGGCUUUUAUAUGCGGUUUACACUCUAGCCGGCUUCACUGCGGGAUGGGGUGUACUCAUGGGAUUAUCAAUCGCAAAUACUGCAGGAUAUACGAAGCGUAUGGUUACCUCUUCUGCGAUAUAUGUGGGGUAUUGUCUGGGCCAAUUUGUAGGACCCCUCCUGUUCAAGCCUGAGGACGCGCCGGUGUAUGGCCCAGGCUUCGAGGCAGUGCUCGCUACAGCGGCAACCACAGCUGUCAUAGCUGUAUUCUACCGUUACCUUUGCAUGUGGGAGAAUAAACGCCGCGACAAAGCAGGCGUUAUGGAGGCAUUCGAGCAUGCUUACGAGGACGAUGUAACUGACCGGAAGAAUCCCCAAUUCCGGUACGUCUACUGA